ACCAUUGUUGUUUUCACUGUAUAUGCUGCCUUUUGGUGAUGUCAUCAGGAAACACAAUACUGUUACCUUCAGACAGGACCAUAUUGUCUUCUGAAUCCUGCGUUUCUUUAUAAGCACUUUGUUACAGCUGCUGAUGUAGAAACAGCUUCAUAAAAUGUAGAAGCGAGUGAAAUGUUCCUGGUGGUUUGGGCUGUAACUGCUCCAAGACGCUCUAACCCAGAUCUCCGUGCAUUGAUGUGAUCACACUGCCUCACAUCCACACACAACUGCUAUGGUCACGUGAGUUGGUCAUCCAUAAAAAAGUUUAAACCUAUUCCCCAAAUAGUUCACCUCUGUUGGAGAUGGCAGAUAGCUUAUUGGAGGUGAUAUAUGUUAGAUGGCCAGUAACCAAAAUGUUCCUAAUUUGAAUCCCUUAACAGACAAGGUGAAACUUCUAGAACAAGGCCCUUAAUCUGAAGUGCUACAGGAAGUCUUUUGGAUAAUUCUAGAUGCCUAGAAUGUAAUGGACCACGGAAAUGAAGGUUGUGGUCCACAUGUUGCUCUGUUCCUGAGCGAGCCAGUUAACCUAAAUCUGUUCCAGGUCGUUUCUCUAAAAAACAUGAAUUAUUAGCAGACUUACAGUAAAUAAAUAUGGAUCCUGUGAAUGUGUUCGUCCACACUGAAUCCAGGUUUAUGCUGAACUAGCUUAUGCAUAUGAAGCCACUUUACAUUCUUGUAUAAAUGUUUGUCUACUUUCAGUACAUUUUGUGUGUCCUGUCUCUUUUUCUCACCCACUAGCAACAGCUUUACACCAAGUAAAGUUUGAAGUUUUAGUAAAUAAGGAUGAUUCUGAUUCUUAUUUUAACAAGCAAACAUAUUAUAUAAACAAAAGCAUUCAACAGCAUAGAAAUUAUGUUGUAUUGCAUUUAUAUCAGUCUAUAAUUUCAAAACUAAAAAACUGCUGCUAAACAUCUGCUACUGUAAUACAGCUUAUAAAGAAGUACAUUUAUAUUUUAGUAAUUUAGCAGAUGCUCUUAAUGUAUAUUUUUUGCAUAUUGUUAUGUUUCCUGCUGUUCUAGGUGGGUACAUUCAGAGUUGUCCAGAGUUUAACCAGCAUUAUGAUAUAUUUACAUGAUUUAUGAUGUAUUUACAUGAUUUGUGAUUUAUUUAUAUUCUACAGCAGCCAUUAACAUUACAAACAUACACACUAUGAACAUCUAUAUUUCUGGAAUUUCUGAAAGUUGGACAAAUUCUCUGGAGAUGACAUUUGCUCUCCACUACAUCAUCAGUUUUAAUUGUAAGCACACCACACAGAGGAUCAACUGAAAAUGAUAUCGCCACACCAAAAUGUUGAAAAUCUCACAAAUCAGCAUUUUUCAGUUUGACUGAUAUUUUCAUUGUUCUGCGCACUGACGAUGUUUUGCAUAUUUUCCGUUAUUACUGGAAUCUCUAACCAGAAUAAUCAUCUGUAUUCGUGAUUGGGUGGUUUCUUUUACUGGCACUGAGACACAUGCAUGCCUUUGUGGCGUAUGCAUUAUAGCUCGAUCUCUUUCCAAAACGAUGGGUUAUAUAAAAGUCUGCCACAUUAUUCUGCAGGGCCAUUUCAUCCAGUCAUUAUGAGUCUAGCUCUGCUGACAGGUCUCUGUCUUUGUCUCCCUACAUCGAAUGCCCUGACGGUAUUCCAGACGUACCGGGCGGUGAGCCAGGAUGGAGAGGUGCAGUUCUGCUGCUCCUACAACCACAUUGGAAGACAUGUCCCGGAGGAGCUACGGGUCACCCUGUACCGUGGCCUGUUUGGAGAAGAGGAGGAGCAGGAGGUGUGCACCUCCUCCUUUAGCCACAACCAGACACUCUUCCAGACGAAGGGAGAGAGAGGGGGAGUGGGGGCUGGGAACAGAGAGACCCCAGUGCUCUGCAGAGGCCAGGUAGAGGCAGGGAUGGUGAACCUGACUAUUUCUGGUCUCCGGGGCAACGACACUGACCUUUACCGCUGUGCCAUAGAGGUCAUGUACCCCCCACCAUACCUCCGAGUGUUCGGGAAUGGCACCCUUCUCUACAUACCAGAGGAGCCAGACUGCCCUGCCCUGGAGCCCAAGAGGAGAGAUGAUUCUGGAAGUCUAUGGACCAGACCUCCUCUAGUCAGUGUGGCCUGGGUGUCUCUGCUGCUGAUGGUCGUCUCCAAUGUGGCCUUUGUCCUGUACCAGGUUUUACAGAGGAAGAAAAGGUUUGGAGGAAUAGCACCAAUGAUAUCACAAAAUGAUGGAAGAUUUGGUUAUGGUAACUUCCAAUGAGGAUUUGGUUUUGGUAACUUCCAAUGAGGAUUUUUCAGUCCUUUCAUAUAUUUUUACUCACCAUUUUAUCUUUUUUGUUCUUGGUUAGAAUUUUUUCUAACUUUGAAAGUUGCAUGAAAUGUACAGACAAGUGUUCAGCCACAUUUUAGGAAGAGAUUAAGAAAGUUGUCAAUCAUUUGUCAACUUUAAACUGAUAAUUUCUGUCUUAGUUGGGGGAUUUUCACAAAUCCUGUUUUAAAGGGGAAGAACAGCAAAUGUUUUCUUUGUUUGUUGAAAACAACAAAUAUACAAUUAUAAAUAAGUGUUUUUUCACAGUGAAAAAAUAUUUGUAAAAAAAAUAUUUGUAUAUAUACGUAUAAUCAGUCGAGGCCAGUGAUUACUUGGGGUCUGGUAUUAUGAUGUGUGGAGCGUAAAUGAAAGUUUUGAGGGCAAAAUAAAUUAUUUAUUAAAUUAUAAAUAAAAAUGUAU